AAGGACCCUUUGGGCAGGGGAGGGGGCCUGGGGUAGAGGAGGGACCCUUUGAUAAGAAGGGGGGUUCCCCCCUCCUUGGGUAGAGCCCUUUGGGUAGAGGGGAGAGUCCUCGAGUAGAGGAGAGAGCCCUUGGAUAGAGGACGAACCCCCUUGGGUAGAGAAGGGACCCCUUGGAGCAGAGGUGAAACAGAGGAGGGAGAAGAGGAGGGGGUAUAAAACAACCAAAAACCUUCUAAAAAAUCACCAAAACGGCUGCCGCCCCCCAAAGGAAAAAGGAACCCCCUCCAAAAAAAAAAAAACAAACCCAAGAACAAAACCCAAACUUGCUGGACUCGUUCUGGGAGGCAUCGGGCAUCGCUCCAUGCAGCGGCGGGGCCGGUUCUGAGCCCGGUGCUGAGCCAUGGCCAUGGUGGCCGGUGGCUGGGGCGAGCCCAACGGCGGCGGUGGCGGCGAGGAGGCGUCGAGCCCAGCGGGCGGUGGCAGCGACGCGGAACACGGCGAGGAGGAGCGGGCAGCGGCGGCCGUGGACUGCGUGGUGUGCGGCGACAAAUCCAGUGGGAAGCACUACGGGGUCUUCACCUGCGAGGGCUGCAAGAGCUUCUUCAAGCGCAGCAUCCGCAGGAACCUCAGCUACACCUGCAGGUCCAACCGCGACUGCCAGAUCGACCAGCACCACCGCAACCAAUGCCAGUACUGCCGCCUGAAGAAGUGUUUCCGCGUGGGGAUGAGGAAGGAAGCUGUGCAGCGGGGCCGGAUCCCCCCCACCCACUCCAGCACCAGCCCCAACACCAUGCCCAGCGGGGAAUACUUCAACGGGCAGCCGGUGUCGGAGCUCAUCUCGCAGCUCCUGCGGGCUGAGCCCUACCCCGCCGCCCGCUACGGCUCGCAGUACGCGCAGCAGGGCAGCGUCAUGGGCAUCGACAACAUCUGCGAGCUGGCCGCCCGCCUCCUCUUCAGCACAGUGGAAUGGGCCCGCAACAUCCCCUUCUUCCCCGAGCUGCCCGUCUCUGACCAAGUAGCCCUGCUACGGCUCAGCUGGAGCGAGCUCUUCGUCCUCAACGCGGCGCAGUCGGCGUUGCCGCUGCACAUGGCCCCGCUGCUGGCUGCCGCUGGUUUCCACGCCUCCCCCAUGUCGGCCGACCGCGUUGUCUCCUUCAUGGACCAGAUUCGCAUCUUCCAGGAUCAGGUGGAGAAGCUCAACCGGCUCCAAGUGGACUCGGCUGAGUACAGCUGCCUCAAAGCCAUCGCGCUCUUCACGCCAGAUGCCUGCGGCCUCUCGGACCCGGCACACGUGGAGAGCUUGCAGGAGAAGGCGCAGGUGGCCCUCACCGAGUACGUGCGCUCGCAGUACCCCUCGCAGCCCCAGCGCUUCGGGCGGCUCCUGCUGCGGCUGCCGGCUCUCCGGGCCGUGCCGGCCGCCCUCAUCUCCCAACUCUUUUUCAUGAGGCUGGUGGGGAAGACGCCCAUCGAAACACUAAUCAGGGACAUGCUGCUGUCUGGGAGCACCUUCAACUGGCCCUACGGGACGGGGCAGUAGGGGACAGAGCCUCUCCCACCGGGGGAUGCCCCAGGGACCCCCGAAAGCCGGACCCGGAUUCGCUCCCACACCCCCAGCUCCUGGGGAACCCCGAACUGUGCUGGCCCUCAGCCGUCUCAUAGCUACACGUCUGCUACAGCCGUGGGCGCUUCUCCCCUUGAAAGCAACGGAGGCACAGCAUUGUCCUUCUAAACCUGAAGGUCCUGUGCCGCUGCUGUUGGACACCAAACUCUUCCAUACUCCCUGAAGCAAAGCUCACCAGCCCCCCUGCUCCCUCCCUGGGCACCUCGGAGCAUCCCCUCGCACUGCCUCGGUGUGGGAGGGGGGCUGGAGCCUGGGGAGGGGGGGCUGGAGCCUGGGGAGGGGGACACAAGCCUCCGGCAGCCCCCUCAAGUCUGGAUUUCAGAUGAGAGGAGGCAAUGGGAGGUGGAACGGGCUGGGCUGGGGUGCCCUGACUGCACAGAGCUGCCCCCAGCAAGGUCCUGCUGUGGGACCCCUGCCUCUGACCCCCCCCAUCCUGAAAAUCAUGGAAAAAGUGUCAUUUUCAAGCCCCUCUGUGCCCCGCCCAGUGGGUGCCUCU